AUGAGGGCCCUGCUGUCACUUGCCAGUUUUACAUUUUUAUUUCUCUGGACAUGUCUGUCCUUGGUAAAGGCCAAAGACCUGGGUAAUGUUUUCACCAGUCUAAGCAUCACUUCUACUUCAGGAGGUAUCCCUCAGAGACUGUGGCGAGCCACUUUAGGCUAUAAGAUUACGCCCGAGAUGGAUGCCCAGUCAGGUGACACCUUCAGGCUUGUCAUGCCCGACGUGUCGAGAGUCUACGGCGCCCAAACCGUUGGGGGUGUCAGCUAUAUUCCAAUCAAGGACUCAUCAGGCACCACAAUUGCAAACUGUUUUGUGAACAGUGGAUUCAACUGGAAUUCGUUAUCGACCCUAGCGUGUUCCGUUAGUCACGUCGAUGUUGAUAAUGCGAGUGGCAGUCUCUCAACGCAAUUCGUCUUCGCUGCCGGUUCCAUCGGUAACGAUGCUUCGGAGGGAGCUGCACAACGUGCAGUUCUCGGUUCUCACGCCGUGACUUGGAAUGGUCUUUCCACGACAGUCAAGUUUGCCAGCGCUGGUGCCACCAGCCAGAGCUCGUCCAGUUUCCAAUACAUGGCCAACAGUUUCCCUGCGCCAGCCAAUCUACAACAGAUUUACUAUUUGGGCCCUACCUGUUCCCAAGCUUUCUCUGAAUCGUUGCAGAUUAUCUUCGGUGGCGGCCCAAAUGCCAAUGGUAACUUGGCUUCGUGUGGUUCAGUUAACAUCAGUAUGGCCAAUUCCUUCAACGAUUUCAACUACCCAAAAACCGCAGUUGCGCUUCCAGCUAGCUCUUAUUCGACCUACUGUUCCGGUAACACUUUGUCGAUAACCGCCAGUGGAAUUCCUUCCGGUUACCACAUUUUUGUCAACGCCUUUCAAUCUUUGAAUCGUCAAACUUCUGCUACGAUUACUUUCUCAAACACUUACAGUGAAAUUAGAACCUGCGCCGGAUCUAAGUCUACCAUGUCGACCGCUUGAAAACCGAUUUCAUCGCAGGUGCUGGAUCUGCGGGCAGGCCCCAGAAUCCCAAAACUUUCCCCACCACUACUAUCGGGUGGACAAACAGCUACACAACAACCAUCACUUCAACCGCCGUCACGACAGGAUCAGAUGGGAAUCUUUCUCCUAAACCUAUCGUAGUCAUCGAAACGCCCGGUAAGCAGACUACCUCUUUGUCUUACACACCACGGUUGGGUCAAGUAACUUCGACUUAUAGCACUUCAGUAACGACAAUAGCGGGCGCAGACGGCUAUGUUACCACCCAAACCAUCUACUACGUCGAAACUCCAAUUGCGCGCUCGACCAGCGCAACUGCUCGCGCGUACGACGGACCAUCUACCUCAACAUACUCUACCGCGUCCACCACUUACACCGGGUGGACUGGAUCGUUCAGCUCAACCUACUCGACUGGCGAGACCACGUUCACCGGAAGCGAUGGUAAGCCAACCUCCCAGACCGUGUACUACGUCGAGACUCCAACAAGUGCAUCCACCGCUUACACUGGGUGGACUGGAUCGUUCAGCUCAACCUACUCGACUGGCGAGACCACGUUCACCGGAAGCGAUGGCAAGUCAACCACUCAGACCGUGUACUACGUCGAGACUCCAACCAAUGCCGCUACUGAGUUUACCGGAUGGACUGGGUCGUUUGCUUCCACGUACUCCACUGGAGCAACCACGUUCACUGGGAGCGAUGGUAAGCCAACCACUGAGACCGUGUACUACGUUGAGACUCCAACAAGUGCCUCCACCGCUUACACCGGAUGGACGGGGUCGUUCAGCUCAGCCUACUCGACUGGCGAGACCACGUUCACUGGGAGCGAUGGUAAGUCAACCACUCAAACCGUGUACUACGUUGAGACUCCAACCAAUGCCGCUACUGAGUUUACCGGAUGGACUGGGUCGUUUGCUUCCACGUACUCCACUGGAGCAACCACGUUCACUGGGAGCGAUGGCAAGCCAACCUCCCAGACCGUGUACUACGUUGAGACUCCAACCAAUGCCGCUACUGAGUUUACUGGCUGGACUGGGUCGUUCACCUCAACCUACUCGACUGGAGCCACCACGUUCACUGGAAGCGAUGGCAUUCCUACUACCCAAACCGUAUACUAUGUGGAGACCCCAGCUCUAGCCACUACUUCAUACACUGGCUGGACUGGAGCGUUUACUUCGACAUACUCUACUGGAGUAACUACACUCACCGGCAGUGAUGGAAAGCAGACGGUAAAGUACGUUUACUUUGUCGAAACCCCAUCGGGUGGAUAUUACCAGAAUGCCACCUCCAAUGUUAUUCCUGGUAGCUCCGUCAUACCCGCUGAGACUACUCAAAACCUCAAUCCAGUCCCUCCUACGGCAACAAGGGGCGCUGAGACGACCGCUGUACAACCAGGCGGAGCUGAAAGUCCUACUGUAACGCGGGUUACGAUAACAGAUGGUCAAGUGGUUACUAGCACCGUCAUUGUUACUGGCCAACCAGGCCGACCAGUUCCAUCGCCUGCCGCUUCCCGUCCCGGUCAACCAGGUCCAUCGCCUGCCACUUUCAGUUCCGGUCAGCCAGGUCCACUGCCUUCCGGUUCCAGUCCCGGCCAUCCUGCCCCAUCACCCGCUGGUCAGCCCACAGGCUCCGUUUCCACAUCUGAUCGGCAAGGUGCACCUUUAGUUGGGAGCGAUGUUCAAACGGCCAACGGCCCAGACAACGAAAACACGCUCUCCAGAACGACUAUAAUUCCAACAUCGUCUAGUUCAACAGCGAAUCAAGAGAACGGUAGCUCUUCUGUGAAUGCUUCUCAAGGAAACCGGCCUGCUCCUGCCGAACAGGGAAGCUCGUCGACAAAUGCCGGACAAGCGUCUCCUAAUGCCAGUGCUUCAGGCCCGGCUGGGUCUGCGAACACUCCAAACGCAGGUGCUCCAGGUGUUUCUGGUGUAUCUCAGAGCGCUUUUGCCUCUUCCACUGCUGAAAUAUCCACAUACCAAGGUCUAGCAAGCAAGUUCAAGGUCGGGGCUUUGUUAGCUCUGCCGUUCGCACUCUUGUUAUAG